AUAUAUGACUAGUCAUCUAGACAAAGUGUUUAAGAAAAAGCUCUUCAUAUUCAUUUCUUGUAUACCCACACCAACACCAUGGGUGAGAAAAAGGAAGACGCAAUGAAUGAGGGCGAGAAGAAGCCCGCCGCAGCCGACGCCGGCGCCAAGAAGGACGACGGCUCACUCACCGUCGUUUUGAAGACCGACAUGCAUUGCGAGGGGUGCGCCAAGAAAAUCAAAUGAGCUGUUAAGAAUUUCCAAGGUGUUGAACAAGUGAAGACGGAGUGUGCAGCCAACAAAAUGACUGUGGACCCCGCUGGGCUGAAAGAGAAACUGGAACAGAAGAUCAAGAAGAAGGUAGAUCUCAUUUCUCCUCAGCCCAAAAAAGAUGGCGGUGGAGAUAAAAAGCCAGCUGCUGCAGAGGAAAAGGCUGAGAAGAAGACAGAAGAGAAAAAGCCGGCUGAGGAGAAAAAGCCCAAAGAGAGCACUGUGGUCAUGAAGAUUAGAUUGCAUUGCGACGGGUGCAUGCAGAAGAUGAAGAGUAAAAUCUCCAAGUUCAAAGGACAAAACAUGCAUUCUAUUGCAAAACAUGCUCUCUCUGGAUCCAUCUCAACCAGACUUGCCCUUUUUAAAAGAAAAAUUGCAAUUGAUCCCACCUGCCCAAUUUGCGAAUGUUUCGAAGAAUCGGUGGAGCACAUUCUCUUUCUUUGCCCGUGGACUCAACUUGUUUGGUUUGGCUCUGACCUUUCCUACAAAGUUGACCCCCGGAGGAUCUCGACUUUUGAUAGAUGGAUUGAAGGCAUUAUUGCGAUUCCUGGCACCUCAAGAACUGAAUGCAAAUUUCUAUUAUCGCUACUUAGCUUCUUAUGCUGGGAAAUCUGGAAAGCAAGGUGCAAAUACAUUUUCAAUGGGUCUCGCCCUAAUCCGAGGCGCGUGAUCAACCAUGCUAGAGAUGCUUGCUCUGAAUACUUAGCGGUUGUCUCCAAGAUUGAUGCAAGAGGGAACCUUUCUCCUGUCCCUCAUGUCCAAAGAACCCGUUGGUCCAAGCCAAUCCCAAAUUAUGUAAAAUUCAACUUGGAUGGUUCUUGGUAUCCUGGCACGAUGAAGGGCAGCAUUGGCAUUGUGUCUCGUAAUUCCUCUGGUGAAUGGUGUGGAGGUCUUGCUUCCCCACUUUUAUGUGUCUCAUCCCUUAGUGCAGAAGCGGCUGCUGCUCUAUGUGCUUUACACCUUGCCAGAAACAAGGGUUAUCUGAGAGUCAUCAUGGAGGCAGAUUGCAAGGUGUUAAUAGACUGCAUUAAUGGUAUUCAUGGUAACAACUCCUGGGCUAUCCUUCCUCUUAUUGACGAAAUCCAUGAUGUGGUUUCGAGCUUCGAAGAGGUGACCUGGUCCUGGGUGCCUAGGAGUGCAAAUCGUGCAGCUCAUGCAGCGGCGUCGAUAGGUAACAGAGCUAUGGAACUGCAAAGUUGGGUCGACAGACCACCAUUGUCUCUCGUUGGGGUUCUAACUUCUGAUGGUUUGCCUUGUCCACCUCAUGAGGCAGCUGCUGUUUAGUUUUAUUAUCUCUUAGUAGCUAGUUUGCAGGGUAGGGACUGUUUGUUCUAGGCUCCGAUGGAAUCUAGCCAUGUCUAGCCCUGUUUUGUUAUUUGUUUCUUGCUUUCUGUUGGCUCCUUGUGGCUUUAGCCUUCUGUUUGUAUCUCUAUUCCCUGUUUUGGGGUUUCUUGAAUACAACAUGAAUUCCAGACCCAAAAAAAAAAGCAGAAAUAAAUUAUAGAGAUGCAUCAAAUUA